UCUUCGUUGUUUGGGCUCCUCCCCCGAGUCAGCCCACUGUAACGAUGAAGAUGCAAACCACUAGGAGACGAAAUUCUCUCAUCAAAGCUGAAUAUUAUCUUAAGUUUUAAUUCGGACUGUUUUAAGUGUUCCUCCUCCAGCGUCUAACUGCCGGUACCGAAAGCAGGCGGUUGGAGAGGUUCGUGGCGGGAUGAGCGGCGGCGAGCCACGGCGGAGGGAGCACUGGAGACGGGAGUAAUACGCGGAGGAACAUUAAGCGCCAUGGCUGGGAUAAAAACUACUUUAUUCGUCUUUCUGCAUUAUGCGCUCCAGUUGACGGCAUCCCGCGAGGUGACUGUUCCAGAAGGACCGCUUUACCGCGUGGCUGGCUUCUCCCUUUCCUUGCCCUGCGCCGUCUCUGGCUAUGAAGGCCCGCGAACGCAGGACUUUGAGUGGUUCCUGUACAGGGACGACUCCGGCGGAAGACCGAUAGGAGUGGUAUCCACCAAAGACAAAGGCUUCCCCUACGCCCCCUUCCAAGCCCGGGUGAGGAACGGGGAAGUGAGGGUGGACCGUGACUCCGGCGACCAUGUGAGGCUGGUGUUGCAAAGGCUACGCACCGACGACCAGGGCAAAUACGAGUGCUACACGCCAAGCACGGACAACGUUUACCAGGGGUCAUACAGUGGCUCUGUAGUCGUCAAAGUGAUCCCUGACACACUCCAGAUAAGCUACACCCGCUCCCUGACCGGACAGCCCCUCCCCGAAGGCGCCGAAUUAACCCUGACGUGCUCGGCCAGCAUCCGCUCGGAGCAGCUCACCCACCUGUCCGUCACUUUCGGGAAGCGCGGAGGCCAAGCGGGCUCUAGCGGGGCGGCGGGACCGGAGCUCAGCACGGUGCGCGAGAUCAUCUCCAUCGACAAGCUGCUGGGCGUUGUGCCGGGGCGUGCCUAUAAAAAGCGCUAUGAUGACGGCGAUAUUACUUUGGAGAAGCGCAAUGGCGAUGGCGGCCAGGAUGUCUACGUUAUGAAAAUGAGGGUGCUGCAGCCUGUAGACACAGGAGCAUAUUUCUGCGAGGCCGCACAGUGGAUUCGUGACCCGGACCGCUCGUGGCAGAAGAUUGCCCACAGGACGCUGGACAUUGGAAACCUGACUGUUAAGCAACUCUCCGAGUCUCUGAGUGUGACAUCAUCACCCCAAGGUGAGGUGACCCUGCAAGUGGGUUCGCCUCUCCUUCUGACCUGCGACGUCAACGGGCUGCCUUCCGACGUCAACUCCGGCCUGCAGGUCCAGUGGAUGAAGAGGGGGUCUGCAGGUGGCGAGCUGGUCGGGUCUGGAGGCGUGGAGGUGGAGGUGGCCAAGAUGAGCCCAGACGGCGUUGUGACCUGGGGCGACGACAUUAGCCGAGCCAGCGGCGGCUCUAUGGAGAAAGUGGGGGAGGCCAGCUACUCCCUGAAAUUGUUCUCGGCACGACCCUCCGACUCUGGAGUUUAUCGCUGCAUGGUGAGCGUCUACGCCGGACGCAGGAUCCCUGCUCCUUCUACUCCAGCGACACUCACACUGAGGUCUGAUGGCGUCACCGUCAAUCUCAAGACCAAAGAUGUCGUAGUUUCCGCGAGGGCUCAAAUUGCCCGAGGCCCGCUGCUGAAACGGGGCAGCACCAUCACCGUCCUUUGCACCGCCACCAUCACAACCACUGGCCCCGCCCAGGCUCAAGUGCAGUGGCUACGUUGGCCCAUCCCCGAGCCGCAGAUCAGGAGGGUGACGAGCCCCAUGCCCGAGCCUGCUGUCCAAGCGGAUCCCCGGCCGGUCGCUGCGCUCACGUAUGACGGCAUCGUGGAGAUCUACACCAAUGGCAGUGAGGUCAGCGUGGACCGCCUGUCUGCUGUCAGCUACCGGCUUAGAGUCCACACGGCCACUAUUGAAGAUCAGGGCAUGUAUGCGUGCCACGCCGAAGCCUGGGGUCAAGAUCCACAUGGAGGAUGGUACAACUCUGGGGUCAAGGCAGAGUCUAAUGCAGUCACUGUUUACUUGUAUGCCCGAGUUGCCGACCUCCUCCUGAUCCCCCUAGUGGUGGGCGUAUCAUCUGCCCUGUUUGUGGGCAUUACCAUCAUCGCCACGGUGACCUGCUGCUUCAUGAAGCGUCUGAACAAACAGCGAGCUCGGAGGUAACCAUUUUCAGUGUUUGACCUUAUGCUGACCUAUUUGGAUGCCAAACCUUUUAUAUACCGUGCUUUUUAUUUUUAUAAAUAUGUCAAGAGGCCACCAGCGUGCUCUCAUUAGUUUUACUUAGUGUGAGAUGUUGAUUUUUCCUCAUGACCUUCAUCCAAAUGUUCUUCCGUAACAAACCACGUGAGCGACUGCUGACUUGUUGACUCAUUGGGAAACAAAGAUUGUUUUUGUUACUUCUUAAGGGAGAAAAAUGGUUGUUUUUGUUACUUCUUAAUGGGGAUAAAUUGUUAACUGCACUGAACUCAAGAAUGUCAAUGUGAUAUUACAUUUUGUUUGCAAAGAAACAUGUUCUGCAAAUUUCUUGUAACAAAAAAAAGAACCACUUUUAUAUUUACUCAAGUGGUGGCUGUUUAGUUUCUCACAUUUGUACAAAUGGACUUUGAGGCAAAGCUGUAGUUCCCGCCUUCAACAAGCAAACAAAGUGUUUUGCAUUUAUUUGAAGUUUGCACUUGUUCCACUGCUUGAAGAGCACGCCACUGGGUCUCUUUUUUCUAUGAUUUUAGGGAUUAGUUUCUUUUUCGACCCAAUUGUCAGGCAUAGAAUUGUCUAAAAUGUAUUCCUUUUUUGAUACAUUUUUGUGAAGUGCGCCAUUGUGAGAUGUAUUUGUUCCAGGAUAAAGGCAGGUUUUUGGGAUAGGGGAAAGCUACUACUACUACGAGAUUUAAGUUUAAAUUAAGACAUUUUUUAAAAGAGGAAAACUUGCUCAUUAUAAAAAUCUGGCUUUUUCCCCUAAAGAUUUCUCAAAUAUGUUUUACCUUCCUCUUUCGUCCCCUAAAUGCGACUUUAUUUUCAUAUCUUUUAAAAGAAAAAAAAACAUUAUUUGUCUUGAUCUGUCCUUUUUUUUUUCUUGAAAAAGUACAACAUUAUUCUUGUUGUAAUAUGACCGUCAACCUUUCAAUGUUUGUAUUUCAAUGUAUUACACAUCCCCCCACUCUUAAAAGAAACUUAACUUUAACCCACAAAUGUUAGGCAUUUUGUUGGGAAAAAAAAAUAUAUAUAUAAUUUUUACGUUUUUGGGGGGUAAAACAUCCUUCGUGCGGUUCUUCACCAUACAAAAAGAUUAUAGAGCGUCUCUCUGUAAAGCCACUAUCUGAGGAAACGAGCGUGUUUCCUUAUGUUUACUUGAUAUUUCAAUUUCCGGGUGACUUUUCUUUACUUUGGUCAAGUGACUGAAAUGGACAAACAGUGCUGUGAUGGACUUUUUCCUUUAUAUGUGUGUGCGAGUGUUAUUGCACAAAUAUAACAGCGAAGCUAUUGUUGUCUUGCACUAAACAUUUGUGUCGGCACUUGAAGACAUAAAGGAUGAAGUAAACCUCCUUUGCGUUUAAAAAGAAGAAAAAAAAGGGGGGUACCAUGUUCUCGUGCUGUAUAUUUGUUGGCAUCAUCUCCUAAUGCCUGAUUAUAAAUGUUUAUCACGAACGUUGGAGAAUAAAAAUCACGGCAUCACGAGCCACUUUGCUCCAGAUCAAACCACUCAAAGCUGAUUUUUCCCCACCACGCCGGAACUCCCCACAUUGGCACAGAUGUGCACGCACGGGCUGGCUGGACAACGGGCGAUAAUCCCAGUUGAGAACAGUCCACCCCCACACAACCACCAGGAGAACAUGUGUUCAUGCAUCAAAGCCUUUGCUGUGUCCUUUGCAUGGUGUUUCCCCCACUGUCCUUGAAUGCAUCUUUAAAAGUUUUCUCAUGGUGCUUUUGAUGAAUAAUAAAUCAUCACGCGUUGGCCA